AUGGCAUUAGAAAAUUAUUUGAAUAAUAUACCGACGAAAUCUAAAGUAACGGCUAUUGGAAGUAAUCCAUUGAGACGUGAAUUAAUACUUGGGUUUGAAGAUGGAUAUGUAUGUACUUAUGAUCAUGAGACAGGUGACCGUAUUCAUGAGUGUUAUAAACAUAAAGGAUGGGUUACAGCAUUAAGUGCACUUCCUGCAGCUAAAGUAUUUUUUUCAGCUGGCAAUGAUUCUACACUUAUAACAUAUAAUGCAAUCGGUGGGUCUUCUGUUAUUGAUAAACUUAAUAUUGGCUCUGUAAUUUAUACAAUUACUUAUCAUUCUCGUGCAAAUCAAAUUAUUUUCGGUAUAUCACAAGGAAUUCAAAUACAUGAAUAUAAUUUAAAUCAUAUAACUGGUCAAGUUAUUAGUAGUACACCAUUAAGUAUAGUAUGUGAGCAUACUGAUAUAACAACAGGUGUUUUAAUGCUUGAUAAAAUCUAUUCAGUUGGUUUUGAUGGAAAAUUAAUUCUUUAUGAUUGUUUAUUUGAUAAUAUACCAACAGUUUCAAAAAAAGUAUCUGCGCAUACUGCUGGAAUAACAUGUUUAAUAGCACAAAAGAAUCCGAAAGAUAAUAGUGAAUGGUUAAUGACUGGUUCAUUUGAUAAAACAGCCAAAGUUUGGAGUCUUGAUGGUAAACUUUUGUAUAGAUUUACGGAUUUUACACAACCGGUAACCGGUUUAACGUAUGUUAAUUCAACAAAAACUGUUUGGAUCGCUGCUGGCCUUCAUUAUGCUUAUGUAUAUGAUCCAAAAAGUGGUGAAAAAGUAUCGAGUUUUAUUGAUACAUUUCUGAAUAUUGAAGGAAAAGAAGCACAUUAUUUUCUUAUUCUACUUCGAUAUAUACCAGAAUUAAAUAUUGUUAUAGCUUCAACUAAUAUAAAACAAUUUAAUGGGUGGUAUUAUAAAACGACUGGUUGUGUAUCAUGUUUGAAAGUAAAAUCACCAUUAGAAAAUGUGUGUUAUACUAAAAAAUCACCGAUAUUGAUGUUUACAGGAGAUAAUGAAGGUAAUGUUUUUAAAUGGGAACAAAUGCAAUCGAAUCAAAUUAUGUAUUCACAAGAUCAUUUACUUAAAUUAGAAGGUAAAAAAGAUAUAAGUGCAUAUUUAAUACAAGCUGUAUCUUUGGGUGUUGCAAAAACUACACUAAUUAAAAAUGAUACAGAAAAUGUAAAUGAUAAAGAAUUAAUGAUAAAUCCAAAACCAGUCGCAUCGACUAAACGUAUCAAAACAGUCGAUGAACGUUUACCAGCCUAUUAUGUACGUUCACGUUCUGCAGCAAAAAUUAGUGAACGUGAACGUGGUGUCGGUGGUUAUAUAUCACAAUAUGAACAUUUAGAGAAAAAGAAUGAACCGAAAUCAUCAAAUCAUAUAGCAAGAACAGCAUCGGGAAAAUCAAUACUUCGAAUAAUAUUUAUUGAAAAACUUGAUUUAAUUAUAGCUGCUAGUGAAGAUAAAGAUAUUUAUGUAUGGGGAUUUGAUUUAGAAGCAUUACAAGCAUUGAAUACAUUAAAAAUUGAAUCAGAAAAUAAAAAAGAAGAUAGUGGAACUGCAAAUCGUGCUGUUAGUUUUACAUUACGUAACGUAUUUCGAAAUCAUACAGAACCUGUUACUUCAUUAACACUUGUUGAUGAUGUUGAUUCUUUUGGUGCUGUAUUUUUACUGAGUGCUGGAUGGGAUCGACGUAUAUGUGUUUGGGAUUUAAAUCAUUUUGAUCUUUUUACAGUUUAUAGUGAUCCAAAUGCAACAAAUGUUGAGACUGCUGAAACAGCAUCAAUGGGAUAUAUUCAUAAUAUGGAUUAUAGUCCACAUUUAAAAUAUUUUGCUUAUGCUGCUGGUAGUGAUAUGUGUGUUUAUGUUCGAAAAUUUUCACCAAUAGGAUCAGAAAUGACACUUAUGUAUGAACUCCGUGCUGGAAUUGAUUCGGAAGUUACUUGUGUUAAAUGGAAUUUUAUAACAAAUGAAUGGGUUACUGGAAUGGAUAAUGGAGAAUUUCGAAUAUGGGGAAUGGAUGGAACAUUACUUCAAGCAAUUAAUACUCGAGGAAGUAUACAUGCAAUUGCUAUUGAUUAUGUACAAAAAGCACUUUUAAUUGCUAAUCAAGAUACAUUAAAAAUUUUUGAUAUGGAUGAAUAUACAUGUGUACAAACAAAUGAUGGACAUACAGAUGUCAUUCGAGAUGUUUUAUUUAUCCCAGAACGUAAUCAAUAUAUAACUGUAUCACUUGAUUGUACAAUGCGUAUAUGGAAUGCUUGGUCACGUGAUUCAUUUCAAGAAACAGAUAUUGAUCCUAAAAAGAAAUUUUCUGAUAAUAUUUGGGAAGAUAUUCGUAAAUGUGUUAAAAAUACAAUUGAAGUUGAAGAUCCAAAUAGUAUUAUUGAUAAAUUUUUUCAAAAACGAUAUGAACAAAAUCCUUCAUCAUUUCAUGAGGAUCAUCAACAACCAAUUAAGAAUAUGUCUAAUGCUCAUUAUGAAGCAGUUCGUUUUUCAGCUGACCGUCCAUAUACAACAGGUGGCUCGAGAAGACCUCUAUUACCUAUUCGAAUGAGACGAACACCUGUACCGCUUGAUACAAAAGUUUCACAUCGAUUUUAUCAUCCAGAAGAAAAACUUGUUCAGCAAGUGACUCAUGAACAUAUUCUUGACCUUGGUGGUCGUAUAUUAAUACAAGUGGAUAUUAAUAAUGAACGUCGAAUACAACAAACUUAUCAACAAUUAGUUGCAGCUGAACGAUUAAGAUUAGAAAAUGAAUAUCGAUUAAAAACGGAAGAAUUAAUGCGACGAUGGCAAGAACAAUUAGAUGAAGAAAAACUUCGAUUAAAAAAGGAAUAUGAUGAGAUUUUAGCUGAACUUGAACGUAUACGUGAAGCAAAAACUCGUGCUGAGAUAGAAGCAUUAAUAAAACGAAUGAGAGAAGAAGCUGAACAAGCAUUAGCAAGACAAUGGAAAUUAGCUCAGGAACAACUUGCUCUAGCAGUUAAACAAGCAGAAGAUCGAUUACGUUCACUACUUGAACUUGAAUUUCUUGAAGAAAAAGAACGAUUUGCACGAGAAUUAAUUGCAAAAAAAGAUGCUGAAUAUGCUGAACGAGAAUUAAAAGCUUUAGAAAAACUGAGAAAUGAAUUGACAAAAGAACAUGAUCAAAAUGUAGAAACUAUUAGACAACGACAUGCAGAAGAAGUUACAGAAUUAAAAAACAAAUUAAGAUUAGCUGAAGAACGAUAUCGUCGAGAAUUCUCAACACGUGCUCGACUUGAAAGUGAUUUUCGUUUACUUCAAACUGAUUAUAAACGUUUUAUGGAUAAUAGUGAUGUUUUUCAUUCCGAUUAUAUGCUUAAACUCUACCAUAUUGGUGAACAAGUUGGUGAUGCAAAAUUUGAAAAAGUACUUGAUCGAAUAUUAACUGAAUCGAAUAUUCAACUUAUUCCAGCUAAAGCAAUUAAAGCUCAAAUUCGUAAACCGAAACAAUCAUUAAAAUAA